AUGAGCAAAUUCACUGAUGACAAUAAGAUCGGUAGGAUAACUGAUUCAGAGGAAGAUGUUACGGAACUUCAGGAGGAUUUAGACAGUUUACGAACUAGCCUUGAGUUCUACAACUCACUCGCAAGGGAGGGGACAUCACUUAAAAUACGACUGUGUCCUCCACAGGGAGGGACAUCACUUAAGGUACGACUGUGUCCUCCACAGGGAGGGACAUCACUUAAGGUACGACUGUGUCCUCCACAGGGAGGGACUCUCAUUAAGGUACGACUGUGUCCUUCACAGGGAGGGACAUCACUUAAGGUACGACUGUGUCCUCCACAGGGAGGGACAUCACUUAAGGUACGACUGUGUCCUUCACAGGGAGGGACAUCACUUAAGAUACGACUGUGUCCUCCACAGGGAGGGACAUCACUUAAGAUACGACUGUGUCCUUCACAGGGAGGGACAUCACUUAAGAUACGACUGUGUCCUUCACAGGGAGGGACAUCACUUAAGAUACGACUGUGUCCUUCCACAGGAGGGACAUCACUUAAGUACGACUGUGUCCUUCACAGGGAGGGACAUCACUUAAGUACGACUGUGUCCUCCCACAGGGAGGGACAUCACUUAAGGGUACGACUGUGUCCUUCACAGGGAGGGACAUCACUUAAGAUACGACUGUGUCCUUCACAGGGAGGGACAUCACUUAAGAUACGACUGUGUCCUUCACAGGGAGGGACAUCACUUAAGGAUACGACUGUGUCCUUCCACAGGGAGGGACAUCACUUAAGGAGUGAGUCGCCGGUCUCUCCUCGCGAGAGAUUCCAAGAUGCUCGCGAUAAGUUCCGUUCUCUGGAGCGUGAUUGGCAGCGUUCUGAUCGCCCUGAGUGCCACGCCCGCCCUCAGGUGCACGCGGGUGUCUGCCGCACCCCGUCGUGGGAGCACAAACCCGGGGCAGGGGGCAGGGAUACCCGCGCCCCGCACGAACACGCAACUCGCGACGAAGGAGUCUGGCCGAAAAGCGACCGCGAUACUGGGUACGGCUCUCGCGAUGGUUUGUUGCGGGAGCGGCCGCGAGGCCGUGAGUACGACCGCGGAUACGGUACGUGUGAUACCCGGGAUUCCGAGCCGUGGCACUGUGCUGGUAGCCCCAGUCGGGUACCUCGUGGUCGUAGUCCCACUAAGGACUACAGAGUACCACGGGUCAAGUCCCCCGAACGACCCGACUACCACAGAGCCAAGUCCAUGCACGACCUCAACCAGCGAUCCGUCAACGAAGAUGAUCCGCGAAGCUGUAACGAUCCUCGCAGACGAUCCAUGUACGACACCGCUGAGGAUCCCAGACCGCUGCGAGAGAGUCGCUCCGACAGAAGGUAUCGCUCGCAAGCCAGCCUUCGCCGGCGGAACUCCUGCAGUUCCGGUUCCUGCCCCUCCGUGGACAGCUACAACGAAAUUCCCGAUACCCGAAGAUUUCCCGGCCUGGACCGGGCCACGGCCCGCCCGGACCCUCUAGAAACCACACGCGGUCCAACCCACUUCAUCCAUGUUAACAAACGAACGUACGACUAUCCUGUCAACGGCGGCACGGCUGCCGUUCACAUCAAUCGUGCCCAGCAUGACGACUACCGUCGUUUCCGCUACGACCACACGACUACGCCACAGUUCAUUCGUACGACCUCCGUGCCUGCUGCUCACUAUUAAAACCACCUUGAGAAACAAGACAGCGCGCAAUAAAGACCGUCUUUGUACAUGUAUGGUACACAGUACCCACAAGAUGUAGAACUAGACAUGUACGCAAUAUCUGGGUAUCUUUAUUGUAGACCUUUCGCCAUCCAGUGGCUUUGUCAAUACAAAUUCGAGGACAUAAUGAGAAGAUUGUAGACUGUAUAGAAAAGACGAGGUAAUCAGUCCCUGAGUCUUGGAGUUGGUGAUGACCACCGUAGUCUUAGAGGCUCUGAAGCACAGACAGGAAGACUGGUGUUUAUAUACUGGCGAGACUUCCUAUCUGUGCCUCAGAGUCUUCAAGACUACUGUGGUCAUCACCAUCUCCAAGACUCAAGGACUGAUUACCUCAAACUCUUUCUGAUCUUCAACCAUUCUCCUCUGUAUUGAACUAAGGACGCCCAAAUGGUACGUUAAAAACGGUAUAAAAUACCAACAAACUGAAGAUUAAUGACACGUACAACAGUUAGGUAUCGUUAUUGUUGAAGUGUUUGGUCUACCCAGCAGAGUUCUUCAGUCAAAUACAGAGGCAGAAGAUAUAGUGAACUCUGGUAUGAUGGAAUUAUACCCAAGUGUUGCAUACAUGUCUAAUACAUCACAUGUGUCUUGUUUAUCAAGUGGUCGUUACAAGACAGCAUCAUCCUGCUGUCGUCACCAAGACAGCAUCAUCCUGCUG